GUCCACACUCUCCGGCGUGGUGUCCUGGGACCGCGUGGGGAUGAUGCCAUGGUUUCUUGUCUUCUCUGCUCUGGGUCUCCAGGCCUGGGGUGAUUCCUCCUGGAACAAAACACAAGCUAAACAGCUAUCAGAGGGGCCUCAGUACCUUUUUGGCAACAUCUCCCAGCUCACUGAAAAAGAUGCCUCCACCACGGUCUCUCGCAAGGCAUGGGGGGCAGAAGUUGUUGGCUGCAGCACUCAGCUGACCACACCAGUGAAUGUCCUAGUUAUACACCACGUCCCUGGACUGGAGUGUCAUGACCAGAGAGUCUGCAGCCGGAGACUGCGGGAACUGCAGGCCCAUCAUGUCCACAAUAACAGCGGGUGCGACGUGGCUUACAACUUCCUGGUUGGGGAUGAUGGCAGGGUGUAUGAAGGUAUUGGCUGGAACAUCCAAGGUGCACACACCCAGGGCUACAACAACAUCUCCCUGGGCUUUGCCUUCUUCGGCACUAAGAAAGGUAACGCUUGCCCCAGCAUUGUCCCACGGUCUGCAUGGGGGGCCAGGGAGACCCACUGUCCCAGGAUGACCCUCCCAGCGAAGUAUGGCAUCAUUAUCCACACUGCCGACAGGACCUGCAACAUUUCUGAGGAGUGCCGCCUGCUGGUCCAGGACAUCCAGUCCUUCUACAUAGACAGGCUCAAGUCAUGUGACAUUGGGUAUAACUUCCUUGUGGGCCAGGAUGGUGCCAUUUAUGAAGGGGUGGGCUGGAAUGUCCAAGGCUUCUCCACCCCUGGCUAUGAUGACAUCGCCCUGGGCAUCACUUUCAUGGGCACAUUCACAGGCACACCACCAAAUGCUGCAGCACUAGAGGCAGCCCAAGACCUGAUCCAGUGUGCCAUGGUCAAGGGGUACCUGACUCCCAACUACCUGCUGGUGGCCCACAGUGAUGUAGCCAGAACCUUGUCUCCUGGACAGGCUUUGUACAACAUCAUCAGCACCUGGCCUCAUUUCAAACACUGAAGAAGCCCCAGGUCCUUCUGAGACUGCUCCCCCUCCCCUGUCAGGUCUCUCCUGUCCUCACCAUCCACCUUGGCUCAACACCUUGUGUCCUCCUCCCCUGCCACCCCAUUCUGUGCCUCCUUUUUCAGAUUUGAAUGAUCAUGUUCUCUCCUGCCAACACCCUCCAAGGGCCCCCAAACCUCAGAGCUGGACAUUCACAGUCCUCUGACUCUGAGUCAGACUUCCUCUCUCCUUAUCUUCCUCUCCCUGUGAACCCAACUCCUGAGCCAGGUGAGGCAAUGGCUGGUUCUUGUUGCAUUUCCCUCUCUCUCUGUCUCUAACUGUCUGUCUCGCUUUUGCUCUCCAUGACCCUCUGCCUUGUGAGCCUUCCCCUGGUAUCUGCCUGGCGGCCCCCACACUCCACCCCUCACCCCUCAUCCAUAAUUCAGGUCAAUGUGACCACUCUUCUUUGCUUACACAUAAACUUGUAUAUACGUGGAUGCAGCCCUUAUUUAAGGGCUGUUGUUAUUUACAAAUAUGUCUAUUCUUGCUCCUGGGCUGUGAGUUUCUCCAGAGGAGGACCUGUCUUUUAUUCAUCUCUAUGUCCUCAGUUUCUCAGCAGUGUCUGAAAUUUAAUAGGUUCUACUGAUGUUUAUUAGAUAAAUGGAUGAAUAAAUGAAUGAAGACAUCCAAA